GGUUAUGUUAUCAAACUGUCAGUCCGUCUUGGACUGACAAUGACAGACUACAAUACUACGAGAGUACACUUACACGGACUACAUAUCGAGAGGACACUACAAUAUAAGGAGCAGAAGAAUGCAUAA